AGCUGUCUUCCUUUACUCUUCUCUCUCCUGCCACUACAUCCCUGCUUGCUUUACAAGACUGCGGACUCCAUUCUCCUCCCAGAAUUCCAAGCUGAAGCAGUAGAAGAACCAACACAGAGAGCAGAGAGAAGAGAGAAUGGAGAAAACUAGCCUUCUCCUCGUCCUCGUCCUCGUCCUUGCCACCGCGGACGACCUGGAAGCGGAGCUCCCCAAGGGCAAGGGCCACGGCGAAGACGACGAUGGAGCCGGCAUCCCCUGGUUCGGGGCCGACCCGGGCAGGUUCUUCGGCCACGGCAGCCGGUUCCACGUCCCGGCCGGGAUCGGUGGCGGGUGGGGCGGCGGCUUCGGCGGGUACGCGCGCGGUGGCGUGGUUCGGCCCUCCGUCGUCUGCUCCGAGAAGGGGCCCUGCCACAAGAAGCGGGUGACCUGCCCAGACAGUUGCUUCACCUCCUUCAGCCGCUCCGGCAAGGGAUACGGCGGUGGAGGCGGCGGCGGCGGGUGCACCAUCGACUGCAAGAAGCGGUGCACCGCGUACUGUUGACCGCGGAGCCUCAGCCACCACGUGUCGCGGGCUCCCCUCUAGUAAUAUGGUAAUGCCGUGUAACUCUAAUGACAGUUGUAUAUAUAUAUAUAUAUAUAUAUAUAUAUAUGGAUGAAUAAAAAGAGGAACUUAUCGUACUUAAUAA